AUGUAUCAGCGAAACCUGGGUUCCAUCAUCCCCCGAGGUGGCUUGAACGUUAUCAAUGCUGGCACCUCGGGCCUGAUCUUCUCAACUCCCUUUGGCUCCUUGGACGUGAUGGGACCAGGCCCCGUUCCAGGUGGAACUCUCGACAAGAUCAAGAAGAGAGGUCAUUUGAACUGUGGAAUCACUCGACGUGCUGGAUUCGGAGUUUUCAACACAGAGAAACUGAAGUGGGAAGGCUUCGAUGUGGACUACUGCAAGGCACUGUCCGCUGCGAUCUUCGAUGGUGCUGCACACCACGUGGUCUACCAUGUCCUCCCUGCCACUGAGAGGUUCGUUGUCCAGGCCAUGGGCAAAGUCGACGUCUUGUCUCGAAUCACAACCUAUAACUUCGAGCGUGAUGUUUCUGAGCCCACUAGUAUGACUGGAUUCAGUUUUUCGCAGCCUGUCUUCUAUGAUGGGCUCAGCUUUGGUGGCCUGCCGGGCUUUGCAGAAUGCGCGGAUGCAUUGGACACCACCACUGGCAUCUGCGUUGACUUGAAGAUCUGCGUCAAUGACGGAACAACCACAGUGAAGCGGACCAGAGAGCUGUUCCCAGAAGACAACAUUGUGGUCAAGCCCACAGGAGAAGAAGCUUUGGCUGGCUUGGUGAGCGGGGAAUGCAAUGCAGUUGCUGGAGGAUCCCACGAUCUUGCACGAGCUUCUGUAGAAAGUGUUGGUUACACAGGUAACUAUGCCAUUGGAGUCAAUCGCUUUUCCAAGGACCCCUUGGCUUUGGUAACCAACCAAGAUGACCCUGAAUGGACGGACUUCGUUUACUGGGUAGUCACUUCCACUUUUUUUGCUGAGGAGCAAGGAAUCACCAAGGACCUUGCUGGAUCGAAGAUGCCUACCACCAACCUAUUUGGCCCCCUUUACACAAGAAUGUUUAUCAAUGCAGUGCAAGCAGUGGGCAACCAUGGUGAAAUCUAUACAAGAAACGUUGAACCGUUGGUGCCAAGGGGAGGUUUGAAUGCUCUCAACUCUGGCGGAGCUCAAAUCUAUCCUCUGCCAGGAAUCCCACUUGCAUUGUGAGGAUGAAGUAUAUACAUAUAUUUGUGAUACCGGUACAGAAAACCCUGUAAUGCGAUAUGAAGUUUCUUUACUGUAAUAGCUAGCGCAGUUUGAACACUUCCAGCCAGGUGCCUUCUUUAGAACAAAGGAUACUUUCCCUAAG